AUGCCGCCGCCGGGUAUGUCAGGAACCACCCAAACGAACGGAACAACCACUGACCUCUUCGAUCCUAGUAUCCAACGUGAAGGAACUAUCCACUGCUGCAGGGACUGCGAGCGAUGGCUUCAGCCACCUAACAGCUGGGUAGUUGCAGCUCCCGAAUCGAAGGAACUCCUCUCUGUCUGUCUCCGCCGUCUCCGUGGCUUAUCGAAAGUCCGCAUCAUCGAUGCCAAUUUCAUUUGGACCGAACCCCAUUCUCGCCGCAUCAAAGUCAAGAUUACGAUUCAACAAGAAGCCUCGCAGGGCACAACGAUUCAGCAAACCUUCGAGGUGGAAUACGUGGUUGCAUCACAACAGUGCGCGGACUGCAAGAAGUCAUUCACCCAUAACACAUGGCGAGCAGCCAUUCAAGUUCGACAGAAAGUGCCGCACAAACGCACCUUCCUAUACCUCGAACAACUGAUCUUGAAGAGCGGCGCCCACAAGGAUACUGUCAACAUUAAGGAAGCGAAGGAUGGUCUUGAUUUCUAUUUCGCGGCACGCAACCACGCCGAGAAGAUGGUCGAUUUCCUCACUUCCGUCGUACCCUGCAAGACGAAGAAAUCUGCAGAGUUGAUUUCCAAGGACAUCCACACCAGCGUCAGCUCCUAUAAGUUCACAUUCUCUGUCGAGAUUGUCCCCAUUUGCAAAGACGAUCUCGUCGCAUUGCCAAUGAAGCUUGCUCGCCAGCUAGGAAACAUCUCCCCCCUUACUAUUUGCCACCGCGUCGGGAAUUCCGUGAAUCUCAUGGAUCCCAACACCCUCCAAACCGCCGAAAUUCCAACAGGCACGUACUGGCGAGCUCCGUUCAGGAAUCUGGCCGACGUGACCGAGCUUAAAGAAUUUAUCAUCAUGGAUAUCGAGCCCGCUGGUAAAUCAAAGGGCAAAUACCAACUGGCUGAGGCGACCGUUGCCCGAUCAUCCGACCUUGGGUCCAACGAUACCACGUACUUCACCCGGACACAUCUUGGUGGAAUUCUUCACGCCGGCGACGCGGUGCUAGGCUACCAUCUUACCGGGACCCGAUUCAAUGACGAUAACUUCGAAGCAGUUGAAGCAAGCAACAAGUACAGCUCGACCAUCCCAGACGUCGUGCUAAUCAAGAAGUCCUACGCCCGCAAGAAGAAGUCCAAGGCCCGCUCCUGGCGUCUCAAGCGCAUGGCUAAUGAGUACGAGGCUGAGGCUGCCGCUGCUGCUGCUAGUGGUCCUGGAUCUGGUCAGCAGUCCCGCCGUGAACAGCAGGAUGCGAACCGACUCGAGCAGGACUAUGAAAUGUUCUUGCGCGAUGUUGAGGAGGAUGAAGAGUUGCGACAGACUCUGGACCUCUACAAGGUCCAGGCCCAAACCCAGGGCGAUGCUUUGAACGAUGACGACAGCGAAGAUGAAGUGCCGGAAAUUGACAUGAACGAACUGCUUAAUGAUAUGGAUGAGCUUGAUGUGGCUGAUAAAUGA